AUGUCGGCUAUGGCCAGUGCUUUUCUACGUGCCAACGCUGCCCCUAUUCGGGCUUUCGUUUCGAGAAACUACUCUUUGGUCUCUCCUUCUACUCUUCUUCGUACUACUCCGGUGUUGAAUGUCAUUGCAAAUGGCAAAGGUACAUCACCUGAGGAAGUUCGCCUUCAAGCUCAAACUGAAAUGCAAGACUACUGGGAAAAGAAUCUCAAAUUGAAACGUCCGCUUUCCCCUCAUGCUACCAUCUACAGCCCACCACUUUGUAUGGCUACCUCAUUCAUGCAUCGUGCCACUGGUGUUGCCAUGGCUCUUGCUUGGAUGAGCGCUGGUUGUGCGGGCUUCUGGUAUACUGGUAAUUUCGAUGCCAUGCUUGAAUACGUUAACAGCUUCCAAUUUGGUUCUACGGUUCUUUAUGGAGCUAAAUUCCUUCUUGCCUAUCCCUUGGUAUAUCAUUACACCAAUGGUAUGAGACAUUUAGCUUGGGAUUAUGCCAUUGGAUUUGACAUGAAGACAGUGAACCUGACGGGCUCUACUAAUCUAAUGAUGUCUUUUGUCAUCACCGCCUUAUUGGCUUCGAUCAAACUUUGA